ACAAUUCAGGCACGAGGGAACGCGUCGCAAAGUUCAAGGGUUACGAAUCAUUGAACUCGUCACUCGCGUGGACGCCCGAUGGCACACGCCUUCUCACAUGCAGCGAUGAUUUUGAUCCUACCAUACUUGAAUGGGAUACAACAACCUGGGAGCAGGUCGGUGAUCCUUACAAGGGCCACGAUUACAAGAUCUGUGACAUUGCUAUUCAUCCUGGUGGUAGAUUCGUCGCAUCCGCAUCUGAUAACAGCGUCCGUCUCUGGCGGCUCUCAAAUCGACGAACCGUUGCUAUAUUCAAGCCGACGGAGCACGUCACUUUCUCCGUGGACGGCAGCCGCAUCCUCAGCGGAGGCAGCGAUAGCAUCAUCUCAGAGUGGGCAGUACCUCGGGGUAUUCAGCGAAAGGCAUGUUUCCGUCCCUGAUUCAUAUACAAAGAAUCGAGCAUGCUUCUUGCAGACUAUCGCCAUCACAACAGCCCGCGAUGCAUGGAGAGAUGGACUCGGAGACCUAUCUACUGACGAAGAACUACUCACGCGCAAGGCACACCAGAAACGGUGUGAUGCACUCUUUCGGGCGGGUAAACUCCAAGAUGCCGUGAAAUCAUACCAACACAUGAUGGAUUUGUGCGACGAAACUACAAAUGCUGACUACUUUGACUGGUCUAACGAUUUCAAGCAAGAAUGCAGCGCACUCUGCGCUGCCAACGGAGAUGCUGCAUUGGCUGCAAGCGAUUACGACCAGGCUAUUGACCUAUACUCCAUGGUGAUCGACCUGGAUUCUGCAUCUGAUGUCAUCUUUGCAAAUCGCAGCCAGGCAAACUUAAGUAAAAUGCUAUGGGUGGACGCACUCCUCGACGCGGAUAAGGUCACCGAACUCAAUCCCUCGUCUCACAUUGGGUACCAGUUGGCGCACGCAGCGCUGCGUGGCGCACAACGUUACGAUGAAGCCAUGGAGUCCUUCACAAUCAUGUUGUCCAAGUGGGACGAUGCUCCCGAAGCUGAAAUACGAGAUCUGCGUCAGCAGUACGUCUGUCCAUCCGAAGCAGAAGACGCUAUUCGAAGAGCAGUUGGAAUUGAACUCAGCAACGCCCCGCUUCGUCUGCUCAACACCUCUACGGGGAUUCUGUGCGACAGAGCAGCACAGCUAGACUCCUUCAAAACAAGUCCAGAAUACAAGGAACUUUUGUCAUUCAUAACAAAGCGUUCGGAUCUCGAAAUGGAACGCAUCAAGGAGGUGGUGGCGAUGCACUUCCGUUGCGUUUUGCUAUCACACAGGUGGGAGGAGAUGGAGGUGCUGCUGUACCACAUCCAAAAUAAAGGUGUGCGCGAGUUGGAGGGACAUGGUGGCAUCGCGAAACUGCAGUCGUUCUGCAAAGUCGCUCGUGACGCGGGGUAUUUCUGGGCGUGGAUGGAUACAUGCUGCAUCGACAAGAGCAACAACGUCGAGCUUCAAGAAUCGGUCAAUUCCAUGUUCGUCUGGUACCGUCACUCGGCGCUCACCAUAGUCUACCUAUCCGAUGUCCCUCCUUCAUCCCAACCCGGCGCGCUGGCGAGCAGUGUUUGGAAUGAGCGAGGAUGGACCUUUCAAGAAUUAGUGGCUCCGAAAGUCGUUAUAUUUUAUCAGAAGGAUUGGUCACUGUAUCUCGACGAUCGUUCUCCCAACCACAAAGAGUCCCCAGCAAUCAUGAAGGAGUUGGAGGGUGCGACGGGAAUAGAUCCACAGGCCCUGAUCUCCUUCCACCCAGGGGUGAGAAAUGCUAGACAAAAACUGCAAUGGGCAUCGAAGCGCGUCACCACUGUGCAGGAAGACACCGCGUACUCGUUAUUUGGUAUCUUCGACGUCCACUUACCUGUCAUCUAUGGUGAGAGGAAGCAGAGCGCGCUCGGGCGGCUCCUGCAGGAUAUCGUGUCUCGGUCGGGCGACAUCACCGCCCUGGACUGGGUCGGACAAUCGUCCGAGUUCAAUAGUUGCCUUCCAGCCGACAUCAUCUCAUAUGCAACCCCGCCAUGCUCCCUACCAUCAUUGUCUGAGGAUGAGAUUCAGACAGCGGUCUCUUCGUUGCGAAACAUCAUGGCUGUUGACUCAGCUUCGAAACUGUAUAACCUGCUCGAGGACAUGAAUGCUCCCCUCUUCGCCAACAGCAGACUCCGUCUGCCUUGCAUCGCAUUCCGGGUCACAGAAGUCAAACGGAGGCGCGGUGACGCUGCUCAUUCCACGUAUGGAGUGAAAGCAAAUGGACUUCGGAACUUGCUGAUCACCACGGACGAGACACUAAAACAGUUCUCGCGUGUAAAGCCCACUGGACAGACAUUCUUUCUUGUCCGUCCAUGGGAUCGCCGCCUCCUUGAGCUGCCUGACUUUUCAGACGAAGUGGAGAGCGCAGAGGAAUGGUCUGAGUCAGAGUCUGGAUUAGACGACACUGACGAGUGGUCCAGCAACUCAUCUGGAGAAGAGGAGUCGUCAGUUGGCUCGGAAGUUCACUCGCAAUCAUUGCGUUUGAUGGUUCACCUUGGGCAGGCUUUCAACGCACUUUUACUAGCGCAGCAACGCGUUGGAGAAUACAAGAGGGUCGCGUCGGAUCAUAACAUCAUUGCUCAGGUGAAAGACACGGCUUCGAUCGACAUUAUGAACAUCAGGACCCUAGACAUAUUGUAG